AUGCGGGAGGCGAAGCUGGAGCCCACCGCCAUCAGCUACAAUGCUGGGAUAAGCGCGUGCGAGAAGAGCGAGCAGUGGCAGCGGGCGCUGGCGCUGUUGAGCGAGAUGCGGGAGACGGCCCAGGCGAAGCUGGAGCCCACCGCCAUCUUCAGCUACAAUGCUGGGAUCAGCGCGUGCGAGAAGGGCGAUCAGUGGCAGCGGGCGCUGGCGCUGGUCAGCGAGAUGCGGGAGGCGAAGCUGGAGCCCGACGUCACUAGCUACAGCGCUGGGAUCAGCGCGUGCGAGAAGGGCGAGCAGUGGCGGCGGGCGCUGGCGCUGGUGAGCGAGAUGCGGGAGGCGAAGCUGGAGCCCGACGUCAUCAGCUACAAUGCUGGGGUCAGCGCGAGCAAGAAGGGCGAGCAGUGGCAGCGGUCGCUGGCGCAGUUGAGCGAGAUGCGGGAGGCGAAGCUGGAGCCCGACGUCAUCAGCUACAGCGCUUGGAUAAGCGCGUGCGCGAAGGGCAAGCGGUGGCAGUGGGCGCUGGCGCUGCUGAGCGAGAUGCAGGAGGUACCCGCAGUUGAUCAGGCCCUGAACGGCCACUGCCUGAUGAGGGCGGCAGGCGGCUUGCUGGCGGCGUUAUCUUCCAGAUGCGGAGAACAGGCACACGACCUGACGCUGAACCAGUCGCACGUCUGGCGCAUGCUUCACUUCAAUCCCCUCGCGGCCACCGCGGGGGAUCGUCUCGAAGAGAUUGAGUUGGCUUGUUCUAAUUUCGACGCAAUUACGCUCGUGGGCACCCAGCGCCGCACUAAGGAAAGAAUGGAGCAAUCUCGCAGUGGCAGCAGGUGGCGCAUUGAUGCAGGAUGGUCCGCUGGUUCCAUGACCAACAAGUCCACGGGCGUUCUCAUUUCCUUUGGAGCAAAAAUUCGACAGAAGCAUCUUCGUAAAGUACAAGUUCCACCCGCACAUCUCGCUGGCCGAGGGCUAGCGGUGCGGGUAUCGUCGAGUUCGUGGGAUCUCACGGUGAUCGGCGCAUACUAUCCCCCACGACCCACCACGGUGAAGGCGCUGCAGGUAUAUGAUAAGACCGUCACGGCACUCACGGAUUGGUUGGAUCUGAUAAUUAGCUCGACGCCGACCCGCAGUGUACCCAUCCUUGGAGUGGAUCUCAACGACGGGCUCGGUAAAGAUUAUGACACGGCACGGGGCGGCGAAUAUCUGGUGGAGACCUCCGCCGUGCUCCCCGCGGGAGUUCGCUGGGACCGUGAUAAGUUGAUGCAGGCAUACUCUCUGGCAGGCAGCGAGGAGGGGGAACAGUUCAUCACGCAGAUCGAGCAGCACCUGGAGCAGAACGCCGAGGAGGUGAUAGCUCUCAUCAAUCACGCCUCCCCCGACCCGCUGUUCGAAUAUUUGGAAUCUCUUAUGAUAGCGGUGGGACGCUGUAAGGAGAACGCUAUCAUUACAGUAAAUACCACCCUCUAUCGGAUCAAGCAAGCUGGUCGAAGCUGUCUACAACACUUUCACGACCUAAGCAAUGCUUUUGGAAGUACUGAGUGGACGGAGCUUGACAACGCGAGCAUGGAGUUUAUGAGAGAAGACCUGGGCGGAGAGUUUGGACAGCAACGGUACCACGAUGCGGUCAUCUCCCUCCCGAGCAUGAACGGCACGUCUACACUACUCAAGCCAACUUGCGGGGCAUUGAUGGGUGAUCCAUAUGUGGUGCGUCUUUUUGUCCUUGGAUUUCAGACUGGGGUCAAUCAAUGGACUCGAGCGCUGACUGAAAAAGGAAUCGAGAAUGAGGAGUUGAGGAUAGAAAGCCCAUUUACGAAACGAACCGUGGACUUAUCGCUGUGCCAGUACGCCGAUGACUUGUCGAAGACCAUCCUGGGCAAAGAAGGAGAGGGACUGGAAGAGCUAACUAGCAGGAGUAUCGAGACGAACGAGGAGCUCGACAUUUCGCUGGAAACCAUCGGCUGCCGCCAGAACCGCUCCAAGCAAGAGAUCAUUCCCGUGCUCGCGGGGCCAGGCUCAUACCGUGACGCGCUGAACCUGAGGCUGACACCUUUUCGGGAUUGCAAGAGCACCUUCAGUCACACGCUCCACCUUUCGACUCUCUACGCAGUGCUGAAGACGAUGCCUUUCGAGCUGAAGGUGACCAGGCUGCAGGGCAAGACUCAGGAGCUCGAAGUUCUCGGAGUGCCGUAUGUGCACGUGUUCACAGCGAUGCUACAAGGCAUGGCGAAAGGAGAUCUAGGGGAGGGAAUCCAGCACGAGAUGGAGAAGUUUUGGAGCCAGUCCGUCGAGGGCAAGACGGCGCAGCAGCUACAGGAGGUGGUACUUCACUGCCGAGCGAAACCCGCCAAGAAGAAGGACGGACAGCCCGAGAUGACCAAGAUCGUCUUCGCCCUCAGCCGAGACCACGACGGCAUGGAGAAGCUACUGGUGAAUGUGUUCAAGGGAUAUCAAGGCAUCGUGAAGAUGGGCCCCGCUCCUCGGGGUCCGCUGGAGCGAGCAGCGCAGAAACUUCUGGACGAGUACGAGAAGAAGACCGCGGAGUGGCCCAGCGGGCCCGAGAGAGUGUUGCCCGAGAUGGCCUUCGGUCUCUACUACAUUGCAGGGCCCAGUGCGUGCCAGAAGGGCGCAGUCAGCUACAACGCUGCGGUCAGCGCGUGCGAGAAGGGCGAGCAGUGGCAGCGGGCUCUGGUGCUUCUCAGCGAGAUGCGGGGAGCGAAUCUGCAGCCCGACGUUACCCAUCUACAGCGCAGGGGUCAGCGCGUGCGAGAAGGGCGAGCAGUGGCAGCGGGCUGUGGCGCUUCUCAGCGAGAUGCGGGAGGCGCAGCUGGAGCCCGACGUGAUCAGCUACUGCGCUGGGAUCAGCGCGUGCGAGAAGGGCGAGCAGUGGCAGCGGGGUCUGGCGCUGCUAAGCGAGAUGUGGGAGGCGAAGCUGAAACCGAACGUGAACAGCUACAACGCUGGGAUCAGCGCGUGCGAGAAGGCGAGCAGUGGCAGCGGGCGCUGGCGCUGCUGAGCGAGAUGCAGGAGGCGAAGCUGAAACCCAACGUCAUUAGCUAUAACGCUGGGAUCAGCGCGUGCGAGAAGGGCAAGCAGUGGCAGCGGACACUGGCGCUGCUCAGCGAGAUCAUCUCGCUCAGCAGCGAGAUGAUCUUGCUCAGCAGAUCGCGCAUCACUGGGGAGGCGAAGCUGGAGCCCAACCCAGUCAGCUACAACGCUGGGAUCAACGCGUGCGAGACGGGUGGUGAGCAGUGGUAG